GGACGGGAUGAAACCAGCCGUAGUACGGCUUGUUCGGCUGGGUCAGGUUCGGUAUGCCGAGCUACUAGCACUGCAGGAGCACUGGCUCCGGCUGCUGCGGGCGGAGCCGGCCAGCGAGGCCCUGUCGAGGACUGAGGCGGGCGCGCUCCUGGUCUGCGAGCCCGCGGGGCCGGUGUACACUGCCGGGCUCCGCGGCGGCCUGACGCCCGAGGAGGUGACGCGGCUGCGGGCCUUGGGCGCCGAGGUGCACGCCACAGGCCGCGGCGGUCUGGCCACCUUCCAUGGUCCUGGCCAGCUCCUUUGCCAUGCAGUACUCGACCUGCGGCGCCUGGGCCUGCGCCUGCGCACCCACGUGGCGGCGCUGGAGGCGUGCGCCGUGCGCCUGUGCGAGCUCCAAGGCUUGCAGGGCGCCAGAGCACGGCCACCGCCGUACACGGGCGUCUGGCUUGGCGAGCAAAAGAUCUGCGCUAUUGGAGUCCGCUGCGGAAGGCACAUAACAUCCCACGGCCAGGCUCUGAACUGUUGUACAGACCUCACGUGGUUUGAACACAUCGUGCCCUGCGGCCUGGUUGGGACCGGCGUCACUUCCCUGAGUAAGGAGCUCCAGAGGCACGUCACAGUUGAUGAAGUUAUACCACCUUUCCUUGAGGCCUUUAAGGAGACCUACAAGUGCACCUUGAUCUCAGAGGACGGUUCCAGCUGAAGGACGUUCGUGUUACCACAGCCAGAAGGUGCUGCCUUGGAAAGGCACCGAGCCAGACUUGGAGUCACUGAAACCCAGAUUCUAGAUUUGGCCCUGUCAUUCACCCAUGGGACUAUUUGCAAAUCAGGAGCUCUGUCACUGGUUUCAUAUGUAACCUGGUUUAUUUAUGCUUUCCCCACCUACCUCAUAUAAAAGUGGUAACAUGAAAAAUAACACAUGCUAUUUAAAUAUAAUGUUUUAGCACUACCAUUGGUGUCACUUUCUAAGCUUA